CUCGCGCUCUCCGGCCCCGCGUUUUCCGGGUCCAGCUCGCAUUUGGUCGGCGGGAGCACAGCGCGGUUCCGCGACGCUAUGGAGCUGGGGCUCGCGGGCCGCCGGGCGCUCGUCACCGGGGCGGGCAAAGGUAUCGGGCGCAGCACGGUCCAGGCGCUGCACGCGGCCGGUGUGCACGUGGUGGCCGUAAGCCGGACCCAGGACGACCUGGACAGCCUGGUCCGCGAGUGCCCCGGGGUGGAGCCCGUGUGCGUGGACCUGGGCGACUGGGAGGCCACGGAGCGGGCGCUGGGCGGCGUGGGCCCCGUGGACCUGCUGGUGAACAACGCCGCCGUGGCGCAGCUGCAGCCCUUCCUGGGGAUCACCAAGGAGGCCUUCGACACCACUUUCAACGUGAACCUGCGGGCUGUUAUCCCUGUGUCCCAGAUCGUGGCCCGGGGCCUGAUAGCGCGCAAAGCCCCAGGGUCCAUCGUGAACGUGUCCAGCGUGGCCUCCCAGCGCGCCCUCAUGCACCACAGCGCCUACAGUGCCGCCAAGGCGGCCAUGGACAUGCUGACCAAAGUGAUGGCCCUGGAGCUCGCGCCGCACAAGAUCCGUGUGAAUGCGGUAAACCCCACCGUGGUGAUGACAGCCAUGGGCAAGAUCAACUGGAGCGACCCCCAGAAGUCCAGGGCCAUGCUGGGCCGCAUCCCGCUAGGCAGGUUUGCUGAGGUGGAGAAUGUGGUCGACGUCAUCCUCUUCCUGCUGAGUGACCGGAGCGGCAUGACCACGGGCUCCACAGUGCCGGUGGACGGGGGCUUCCUGGUCACCUGAUGCUCUGCCACUCACACACAGCCAUUCUCCAUGCUGAGCCCCGCCUGCCCCCCACCCCGAACCCUGCCAAUAAACACGAUUCUUCUGCUCA